AUGUUUACCAUAAGUACGUCUCGUAUUAAAGACAAAGAACAAUUACUACUUCAUUUUAUUGCAUUAAAUGGGUGUGAACUUUAUAUUUUGAAUAUUGUUAAAGCGUCAUUACCACUUAUACAAGUUGAUCCUAAAACACAACAAUUUGUUGAUGAAUAUGGACGUGUUAGAAUAUUUCAUGGUGUCAAUGUCGUUUAUAAAGUACCACCUUAUAUUCCACAAUUAACUGGAUUUACUCCACAAGAUUCAUUAUCAGAUAUUGAUUUAACAAAUUUAAGAAAAUGGGGUUUUAAUGUUGUUCGAUUUUAUGUGUCAUGGAUGGGUGUUGCACCCACACCAACAACUAUUGAUCAAAAUUAUUUAUCACAACUACAAACAGCGGUCACAAUGAUGGAAAAUCAUGGUAUCUAUACAUUAUUAGACAAUCAUCAAGAUGUUUUCUCACGUUAUUUCUGUGGUGAAGGAGUACCAGAUUGGAUUGCUGAAAAAAACAAGGGUCAAUAUAAAGAAUUUCCAUUUCCAUUAGCAAACAAUAUAACUCGUGAUCCUACUACUGGUUAUCCUCUACUCACGGAAUGUUUAAAUCGUACAUUUGCUGAAUAUUAUUUAACAGAUGCUGUUGCAUCUGGAUUCAAUAUGUUAUUUACUAAUCAAAAUGGGACACAAGAUGCAUUAGCAGCAUUUUGGAAAACCGUUGCUACAACAUUUGUCAAUCGUUCAUCCAUACUGGGUUACGAAUUGAUCAAUGAGCCAGCAUUUCCAAGCAUUGUUGAUGUUAUUGAACUUGGUUUAGUCGAUCGCGUCUAUUUGAAACCAAUGUAUGAAAAUCUUCAUAAUGUUAUUCGAACAGUUGAUGAUAAACAUUUAAUAUUUUAUGAGCCAUGUGUGUUCGAUGUUGCUCAAACGGGUUUUACACAAGGUCCUGGUGGACCAAAAUAUAAUGAUCGACAAGUUUUUAGUUAUCAUGUCUAUUGUCUUGAUGUCAAUAAACGAGGAGAACCAAAAUCUGAUUUAGUAUGUGAUAUUUCUGAUACAGCAUUAAUAGAAAUGCGUGUAUCAGAAGCCAAACGAAAACAAUUGGGUGGAAUGAUGAUGACUGAGUUUGGAGCUUUAUCAAAUUCAUCAAAAGGAAUUGGUGAAAUAAAUCGAAUAACAGGAAUUGCUGAUCAAAGUCUACAAAGUUGGGCCUAUUGGCAAUUUAAAAAAUAUCAAGAUUUAACAACUCAAGCUAGUCCGGCAACAACUGAAUCAUUUUAUGAUGAAAAUGGAGAAUUAGAACUCAAUAAAGUAAAAGCGUUAUCACGAACCUAUGCACAAGCAAUUGCAGGUUUACCAACAUUGGUCAUCUAUUAUCCUGAAUCAUCAACAUUUGAACUUCGUUUUAUUAUUAAUACAUCUAUUCAACAACCAACAAUUAUUUUCUUAAAUGAAGAAUUAAAUUAUCCUAAUGGAUAUGAUAUUGUUCUUACACCAACUAACAGUCUAAAAUGGACAUCAAGUGAACAAAAUUAUUUAGAAUUUUUGCCAACAUCGAGUGCACAAAAUGGAACGACAAUUUCAAUUCGAAUAAUACAACAACUUAGUUCUUAUGCCAUUAAAUGUAAACGAUUACAGUUAUAA